AUGGGGGAUACGAAAAUAACUCCAGAGGCCCUGCAAGAGCUACUUUACCGUUAUAAUUUAACGCGUCAGGACUUUAUUGAAAUCUACAAAAUCCAACCGCUGGUUUAUACGCCUGAGCUUCCACCUGGAGCCAAGACAGCGUUCGUGAUUGUGUACGCGGUUAUUUUCUUGCUGGCACUACUUGGAAAUAGUUUGGUUGUUUACAUCGUGGUGAGAAAGCGGGGAAUCCAAACUGCCACGAACAUCUUCAUUUGUUCUCUAGCAGUGAGCGACCUCCUGAUUUCGUUCUUCUGCAUCCCGUUCACUUUACUGCAGAACAUCUCAUCCGAGUGGCUGGGAGGUGUUCUGGUGUGCAAGACCAUUCCCUUUGUCCAGACGACAGCAGUGGUGACAGGUAUACUCACCAUGGCGUGCAUCGCUCUGGAGAGGUACCAAGGCAUCGUCCAUCCACUCAGCAUGAAGAGACAGUACACACCACAGAGAGCCUACAGGAUGCUGGGAGUUGUUUGGCUUGCAUCCAUGAUUGUUGGAUCUCCCAUGUUGUUGGUGCAACAGUUAGAGGUGAAGUAUGACUUCCUAUACGACCUACACCACGUGUGCUGCCAGGAGCGUUGGCGCUCAGCCUCACACAGACAGCUGUAUGCCACCUUCAUCCUGGUAGUUCUGUUCCUCCUGCCCCUGGCGGCCAUGUUGAUCCUCUACACACGGAUAGGGAUCGAACUGUGGAUCCGCAAGAGGGUGGGCGACUCCUCUGUACUUAACACCAUGAACCAGGGAGAGGUGGGAAAGAUCUCCAGAAGGAAGAGGAGAGCCAUCAAGAUGAUGAUUACCAUUGUGGUGCUAUUCACUGUGUGCUGGGCCCCAUUCCACACCGUCCACAUGCUCUCUGACUAUAAUUACCUGGACGAGCAGUUCAACGACAUCACGGUGAACAUGAUCAUGGCCAUCGCCCAGGCCAUCGGUUUCUCCAACUCCUUCAACAACCCUAUCGUCUACGCCUUCAUGAAUGAGAACUUCCAGAAGAAUUGUGUGUCCACCUUCUCCCAGUGCUGCCAACGGCCAAACCAGAGGGUUGGAGCUCUAGAUGUCACCAGUAGAUCCAAACUGCAUGUCCGUUUUACCCGACCGAGGGACAGACAAGAGGCGGCCAUCUUGGAAGACAUGUCCAUCGUACAGGCCACCAGGACACAGAUUGGUGGGAUUGAGAAUGGGGCCUCACAGCUAAAUACAGCUUUAUCCUAUGCAGAGGAGAAGAUCUCGUUUGUGACCUGUGAGCCACAGACAUGA